GAUUAAUCUGUCGAAGUGUGAAGCCGGCUUUGUUGAUUGUUUAUUUUCAGCUUUGCGUUCAUAUAAAUAAAAUAGUUUUAUUAAAACAAGCCUCCAAUUUAGUGCUGAUUUGAAAAUGAGUUCCGCGAAGCAUCAAGACAAAAAUGCUAUCAAAACAUGUAUAGUGGAGGGCUGCGGUGCCGACUCAAAGUCGUGUCCAUACCUAUUCUUCCUGAAAGUGCCGCAGAAUCCGGAACGACGCGUCGAUUGGUGCGAUGCAAUGGGAAUCGCCGUCCAGAAGGGAAGAGUCUACUGCUGUACGCGGCAUUUUGAGAUUCCCGGAGACUUCGAUGGCGACGCACCGGCGGACAAAUCGAGCGGCAUCCGUUUGAAACUGAAAAGCGACGUUUUGCCCCACAAGGACAUACCUUUCAUUCAUGAAGUGAAAAAUAUUUACCAUCUUUUCGACAUGAUGAAGACAACUGGAAAAAUAGAAAAGCAAUGCAAAUACUUGCUCCCAGCCAUUGAAAACGAUUUGAAGAUUAGAAUCCCUCUAAAUAUUAAGCCGGAAACUCUUGACGAGACUCACGAAUAUCUGAUCGCGCAAAUCACGGAAUAUUUCAGCUCAAAUCUUCCAAAGUCCCGAUACCAACUUAUGCAGAUGUUGAAGAGCCAUCGCGAUAAAAUUACAGAAAUUGCUUGUAAGAAAGUCUUGAGGGGAACACUGCAAGGCGCCGUAAUGCUUAAAACUAUCCAACCAUUCCUCCAGUAUGAAUCGAAAGCGUGUCUGGAUAUACCGAUCGGACACAAAGACCUCGAACAGUUGUAUUUUGUGUUGGAAGCGAAUCAACUCAAAGCUUACUUCCGCCCUGUUAAUCCAGCAUCUCCGAUUGCCUGUAGCGACGACAAUGAUUUCAAAGAUCUUUUCUUUUUGCCUGGCAUACGAGUAAAUCUAGCGAUUCCCUUCUUGGAGCUGUCAAGGGAAGUUGCGUUAAACUCAGAAAAGUUCAUAGUAAAUACGAGCAGUAUUCCAAAACCUUCGGAUGCCAAACCAAAUGGGCUUGAAUGGUUUCAGAAAGUUGAUAAACCAUAUAGACUGAAAUCGUCAAAGGUUGGACAGAACGUUACCCUGGAAUACUUGGACAUUCUAAUAAAUCUUUUCGAAAGCUACGAGUUUAUGAUGAGCCAACGACAAAGAUCGACUUUGAUAUGUCUUUUACAGCAAACAAGAAAAGAUUUAUCAGAUUACGAAAUGAAGGAACUGCAAAUCACCUACUGUCGUUAUUUAUCUCGCCACAAAUACCAACGUGUCAUUAAUAAGGACAUUGCCAAAGAACUAGGAGAUGAAGAGCUCUACAUGUUUGUCAAGGAAGUCAUCAAUCCGGAGAUAAAUUUUCAGUUUAUCAGCGCAAUCGACACCGACGUGGCAAGUAUCGAGAAAAUAGAGCGGUUCUUCAGACCGAUCCUAGGAUAUGUUAAUGAGCAAGCAGAGUACACCGACGGGGAGCCCUAUCUGAAGUUCGCUGAGCAGCUCAAGAAGGCCAUAACGUACACUUGCCAGGAAUGCAACACAACUUUUGAUUCGCCUCUCGCCCAUUUGACCAUCAAAGAACAUCGCUUUUGUGGCAUCAAGAAGUGGAAAUGCGUUCAUUGCAAAGCUUCAUUCACGGAAGCUAAACUAACUGGAGAUAUGUGGUCACACAAAUGUUCUUAGAAAUUGAAAUUUGAUUUAAUAAAUAUAUGACGGUUUAAAACAUU